AUGACGACGGUCAUUGAGUCAUCUGGCGGAAUUUCUGGUGUCCGGGUGACAGUGAGCGGGCCACAACCUGCUGCAAAGUCUACUCCAGUAAAAUGGGAGGGAGCUGGUUUCAUUAACAACAUUGCAUACACCAAGGAAGGUUUGCAUGUUUGGAGAGCUUACGGAAUUGGCUCUGGGAAAUUUGUACCCUGGAGCAACUUCCGCCAACAAGUUGGGAGUCUUCCUCAGCUAAACAAACAGAAACGGAGUUCUAGUGCUAAAGUAUCUUUCCAAACUGCCAAAGCUAGGAGUAAACCAAAGCAAAAACCGGUUUUAGAAGAGGCUCCACAGAACAGAAAUAACAGCGACGACGAUGAAAGCUGUAACGGCGAAGGAAGCGAUCUGUUUUUCUGUCCAGAAGAGGGAUGUCACAUGCGUCAAGUCCUUUGUACAAUACUGAUCGCUGGAAAACAUCUGGACUGUGGUUAACACACGGCAAGUAUGCCCUGGAACAGGAAACGCUGUAUAACAAGGCAAUUACCACGUACGUCACCAAACUGGAGCGUGGUCCUGGCGUCCUACCAGAAAUAGUUGAUGAUGGUGCAUCUAUGUCAGUGGAGGGUGAUGGCUCCGUGCUACCGAUGGGAUGGGCUUUUAAGUCAGCAGGAGUACAAAGAAAGAAUCUCACGGUGGCGCAGAAAAACUAUCUGACUGAAGUCUUUCAAGCUGGAGAACGCACUGGGCAAAAAGCAGAUCCAACUAGCGUCUCAAAGGCAAUGCGA